UUUCACACACACACCAUUCUCUAGAAUCCUUUCAAUUAUAUACAUCGUAAGCUUUUAUUUUCUUAUUUUACUACCAGCAUCAUCUAUUACCAUAACAGACAUGGCCAACGAUGUGUCCAAAAAUACAUCACCUAAAUCUGAAGAUACUACUUUGGAGGACAUAUACUUAUGGAGGAGGAAGAAACUAGCCUUCUCUGUACUUCUUGUCUCAACAGCGACAUGGGUUUUGAUCAAUAUUUAUGGUUUCAGUUCUAUAACCAUUGUUUCUUGGGCAGCCAUGGCCAUUGUCUCUAUGGUCUUUCUUUGGGGCAGUUUACUUCGCCUCAGCAAGGUUGAACCGGACUUGUCAGGGUUAGAAGUGUCAGACGAGUUUGUAGCAGAGACGGCGAGGUCGUGUCGAAAGCUAAUGGAAGAAAUUGUUAGAUGGAUGUUCACGGUCGGUGUUGAGAGUGAAUGGUUUGUUUUCGCUAAAACCAUUUUGGGGGUCUGGAUCUUGUCAAGAAUAGGAAACCUUCUCGAUUUCCAUACUUUUCUCUUCAUCGGUUUAGUGAUCGGCUUAACGCUUCCGAAGUUGUGGGAGAAGCAUGGAGAUCGACUACAAAAGCUAUCGAGGAAUCUUAAAGAUAGAUCAAAUGAAGCGUAUAAUAACAGUCGUGAGAAGAUUUUGAAAAUGAAGAAAAAGUUACAGCAUGGUACAGAGGAGAAAGUUAAAAAAGCAGAGUAAAUGGUACCUGGUGUUUUGUUUUGUACAAAAAUGUUACCUGUCUUGUAAAGCAAAAGUAUAUGUGUAAAAUGUGUAAACAAAAUGGAGUAGUAGAUUAUUAUUACCUGUC